CCUUUCCCCCUGGUGCCAGAAGAUCGGUCCAACUGCUGAGAAGGGUUGUUGAGUCGCGCGAUCGAGUUCUGGUACAGACAGCUCCCUCGGGUGCAGAUUUUCAGUGCACAUACCAGCGCAAAAUAACAACACUUAACCGGACUCCGUCGUGUGAUCGCGUGCUAAUCCGAAAGGAAGAAUAGUUAGCCAAAGGUAUAGUGAUGCAAGCAGCAUAAAAAAGGUGCCUUCGCUUGCUGGUAGCUGGUGGAGAAGGGGAUUGCGCUACUAGGGUGUGUAUGUGUGUGUGUGUGCAUGGGCUGGUGGUAUGUGGUAAAGUACAAGAAGAAAGGGAAAAUGUUGUGCUGCUGCUGCUGCUGCUAACUAGAGAAAGAAAAAGUAUGUUGUGGUGAAAAUCAGUUUGUGUGCAAAAUUGUCUUAAACAACCUUCCGGAAAGGCGUACACAGUCUGCGCCACAUUCCAGCAGUGGUUCCAUCGGGGAGGGGAGGGGGGCGAGCUCUGCUACUCUCGUUACUUCAUUCCGCUUUCGGGGUGGUUCGAUGUUGGAUGUCGUGGGCAGUGAACGCAGUAGCCAUCGAAACACGUCAACUGUGCCCGCCUCUUGUCUGCUUGCCGCAGUUGAGAAGCUUCUCUUACGGCGCAGAGGAAUCGUAAGGGAAUAUUUCCAAAAUAAUAAGAAAAGUUCCAAAAAAAGAUCCGGAGCGGCUGGAGGACUUUCCCUCUUCCCGUGUGUCAAAAGCAGCCCCUGCAUAGAUCGUGCCUCGACUUCAACAUCGCUUUUGUAUGUGUUUGUGUGUUGGAGGGCUAAAAAUCGCUGCUAGCAUAACGCCUGCUAGUGUGUGUGUGUGUGUGUGUGUGUGUAAGUGGUGAAGCUGAAGAAAUGCUUUCGACGUGCUGCGACGUGUGUGAUGGUAUUGGUGGAAGAAAAAACCGUUUGUUUAUGUGAAAUUGUUGGAAUUCCUGAAGCGCCCGUCGCCCUACCAGCGAGCGGAAAGCGGGGUGGGUCGGGUCAACGUCGUUGCGUGUUUGUGUGACAAAGUGUGUGAGCAGGCGACGAAACGAAACGACCGGAAGACCGGGUGAAACCAAAAAAAAAAAAUGAUUCAAAAAUCCCACAGUGGUGCGUGAAUUUCGGUGUGGUUUUUUUUUGCAACAUUGGCUGCUCUGGAGUUGUUAUGCUCUGGUUGAGCGCACGCUUGCUUCGAUGCUUGCAGAAACCGAGAAGCCCCCAAUGGCGACCAGUGUCGUAUGCGCAUCGAUUUUUGUCCGUCCCGCAUGCACGCUAAUCGUUGAGCUAAUUGCUUAUCGGGAAGCGAAUUAAAGUGCAAUUCGGGCGCAAUUCGUAGAAAGGGGCUAAUGAUGGUACGCGUUGCCCUGUCCUGGUAACGAAAGGUCGAUGGUAGCGCCGAUCAUAUCCGAUCAUCGAUCAUGCAGCAUCACGCGGAGGGCAGUGGCCAAUGAUCUUUUGCGGUGCAGUUGUGCCAUUACGCCAGCCGGAUUCAGUUGGGAAUGAAGUGAUGUGAACCAGUGAACAAAACUGUGCAUUUAUACUAGUAAACCAAGUUAGUAAAAAAGUGAAGAAUCGAUAUUUAUUUGUGUGACAACUCAUAAAGCAACCGUUUGAAACGAAUCCCCUCCAGAUAAGGUGAAUAAUCAGUCAGAUAGAAAAGCACAGCAGUGGCGGCAAGCCUUAAAAUUAAAGAAACAAACCACAACAUUCGAUGAAUCGAUUCCCGGUCCGGCAAUCGAUCGGCGAACAGAACAAGUGUUACAGCCCCGCUGCAAAUCCGUACAUUUCGUAAUUUACAAAGGCACACGAGGGGGUAGGAGGGUGAGAGCAAAAAGUAAAGCCAUGACGGAAUUUCUGCCCCUCUGCGACGUGCUGUUCAACGUGAUCUCACUGGCCGGCUACUUCUGUGACGUCGUGUUCGAUGUGGUGCUGGGGUACGCGCUGUACGAGCGGCAGAAGUUCGCCUACUUCGCGGCGGUCAUCGUGAUCGUGUCGUUCUCGCUAGUAAUCUCACAGAUUGUGUCCAUCCGGUGGUACUUGAAUAAGCGUAAAAUUCGCAAUGCCAGCGCGUCGACCACCGGGCCACCGGACGCGGAAGCCAACGCGCCCGGCAGUGGCAGCAGUCUGGAGAAGAAGAAAAAGAAACCAAACAGCCUGAACGCGGCCAACGGCCAGAGCGUGGCCGGAAGGGGCGAAGAGGCCGAAGGCAGAAUGGCCCCCGGCGGUGGUGGUGCCUCCCGCACCUCCGAGUACAGCCGGUACAUAGUGCUCGCGCUGCACGUCACCCAGCUCGGGGUGCUGUGGCGGUACGCGAAGCUGUUCGUGCCGGUCGACCUGCGGCACGUGAAGCACGAGGUGCGCGACCUCUGCAUGCUGCGGCUGGUGCACGCGUUUUGCGAGGCCGCCCCGAUGCUGCUGCUCCAGCUGUACGUGCUCGUGACGCUGCAGAGCGAGGCGCAGCUGGCCGCGGCACUGAAGCUGAAAACGCUGGGCCAUCACCACCAUCACCUGCCGCCGAGUACCGCGCUGGUGCAGCAGACCAAUCUGGCCGAGCAGCAGCAGAAAACGUUCCGUGAUCUGAACAUGGUGUCGGCCACGCUGUCGCUGUUUAGCGUGUGCUGGGCGCUGGCCAGCUUUAGCAAGAACGUGCGGCUGCAGAACGUUCACCGGCUGGUGCUGACCUGGCUCGGGGUGAUCUUCCAGUUUCUGUGGCGCCUCGGGACGGUCAUUUCGCGCGUCAUCUCGCUGACGGUGUACGCGUCCGUGUACAGCCACUGGGUGUUUCUGGUGAUAAUUCUGCACUGGUUUUCAAUGUUUCUGUGGCUGAUUUCGCCCAAGAACGUGUUUCACGGGGAGCGCAUUUCGCGGCUUAAGAAGACGACGCUCGGCGGUUUGAUUGCGUUCGUGUACAUCUUUGCGUACAUCAAUCUGCAGGAAGUGAGGCAUCGGCAAAAGAUGCUCACCUUCUACGUGGUAAUGUUUGCGGAAAACUGUCUGCUCGUCUGCCUGUGGAUGGUCGGCGUGUGGCCAAACCGGCCGGACGGUUGGUAUCUCGUGCCGCUGUCCGUGCUGGGCAGCUUUGCCGCCGGCCUGUUCUUUAUGGUCGUGUACUACCGGUACUUCCACGUGCGCCGGCUCGGGUACGAGGCGGGUGGACGCGUGGCGGAGAAGUGCGCUGGUCACUGCGCCCCGGACGGAUGCCGCUGCCUGGCCGGGCACGAGCACGGCAUGGAUGGGGGAUGUGGUGGUGGUGUUGGAGGCGCCGGAGGUAAGGGAGGUGGCGGUAUCGGUGGAGGUGUUGGGCGUGGUGCGCUGAACGGCAAUGGCUGCCAGAAGUAUCCACACGCGAUUCCGGGUGUGUUUAACUGCCGCUUUUCGAACCCGGUCAAUGCGGCUACGAAGCGGAAGAAGAAGAAACCGACCACCUUUGUGCCGCCGCCGAACUUGGCGAUUGCAUCGCCGAAUGCAAACGCUGGGGGCGGUGUGAACGAUCAUGCUGUGACGAGCCAGCUGCUUCAGCAGCAACAAUCCCACCAACAACUGCAACUUCCAUCACAUCAGCAGCAACAUCAGCAGCAGCAGCAACAGCAGCAGCAGCACCAUCAGCAGCACCAACAGCAGUAUCUACAGCAACAACCAUUGCUCUCACAUCAACAGCAGCAGCAGCACCAACAGCAGACACUACAGCAGCAGCAACAGGAGCUUCAGCAACAAUACAUGGGCCCGAUGGCCAUCCCCUUCUGGCGGCGGCCGCUGCCACGAUCGCACACCGGCGGCUCGAGCGAGAACGAAGGCAGCAGCGUCGGUUCGCGGGUAAACAUCCAGCAGAAGCUGCAGGAGAAAAAGCAGAAGCAGCUGGCCGAGCUGAAGAUCAUCGAGGAGGAGAUCAAGCAGGGCAAGCUGGGCGGCCCGGGCGGUACCGGCACGCUCAGCUCCGGGGACGACGCGGGCAAAACGACGCUGCCGCGGCAACCGAUCCCGCGCGCCAAGAAGCACAUCGAUCUCGAUCCGAUCGAGUGGCGCACGUCCAGCCCGGAUAUGGCGGAAAUCGUGGCGAACAAAUCGUUCAACGACCUGAACCUGCUGCUCGCGGCCAAUCUGGACGAUGUGAAUAGCUUGAACAAGUUCAACAGCAACUACGAUCCGAUCUACAACAGCUUCGGGCUAAACGGGAUCAACAUAUCGGCGCUGGUCAACCUGAAGGGUGGUGGGGGUGGCGGUCCGGCGGGCGCGCUAGUCGAUGCCACCGGGCAGUCGGCAUCGUCGUCGGCAGUACCGGGCGUGGGAGGACCGGGCGUAGGUGGUGCGGGUAACCGUAACAUGUCGCCGAUAUCGUCGCAAAUCUCGGCCACCGAGAGCAAUUCGCUCACGCGCCAAGUGCUGCCGCGCUCCAAGAUACUGCCGAACAACAUCCCGCGCAAUCCGUUCGCCGAGAACUAUCGGGGCAACUUUGUGAAUCUGUACGCGGAUGCGGCCGCCAGCACACCGGCGGCCGGGCUGAUCAAUGGUGCGGCCGGCGGUGGUGGCAGCGGCAGUGGGGCCGGUGUGCGGGCACCCUCCAUCAGCCCGCGGACGACGGAGAUUGCGCAGUCGAACCGGGCCAUCCUGUACGAUGCGCACGGGCGGCUGUACACCGAUGCGAACCAUCCGCGGCAGGUGUCCGGCACGUACAGCAGCACGGAGAAUGCGGGCGCCGAAAAUCUGCCCUUCCCGUACAAUGUGGUGCCCCCGCCCCGGAGCAAGCUGGACAGUCGCGGUACACCGACGACGCCGGUACCGUCCGGGUCGGCGAGCGGCAGUGCGAACAACACGAACAGUAGCAACAAAUCGGGCCGCACUUCCGCGACCGCCACGAUGGCGGCGAUCGUGGCGAGCGUUGGUGGAGCGGGCGGAUCCGCCGGUGGAUCCAGUGGAGCCGGUGUGAUCAACAACCUGAACAACACCAAGCGGCAGAACAUGCAGCGGGCCAAGACGCCGGAAAUUCUGCUCGCCCCGCACUAUCUCGAGAACUCGCGCAUCUACUUCGACUGGGUGGCACGGGAGGCGGCCAACUUUAGAUUACAAGAAUCGGAACGUGAUCAACCGAUGGAAAGCAGCGGAGACGAGAACCUGGACAACUCUGGAUGUGACGAUGGACACAACGGACAUCAUCGGAUACCUUCGGAUAUUGAUAGUCAGGUCUCACUACCCCGUUCCUACACACUGCCCCGCGAGUUCAAGUACUACCGCCGAAACAAGGGCCGCAAGGUGAAGAAUGAGCAUUUCAUUGCCAGCACAAACAGCAGCGAUGGCGAUGUGGACAGUGGAGAUGACAACGAGUCGGAGCGGCUCUCCAACCUUUCCUCCAGUUCGCAGCGACGCGUGAAAAACGCCACACCGUGCACAAACCUCCAACCAAAUGGCCAUCACGUUCCAUCGUUGCAGCAGCAGCAACAGCAGCUACUCCAACAGCCAUUGCCUCGCCAACGGUUAAACAAUCUGAAUAAAGGCAUGCCACAGCCACCGAUCAGCGCAUCGAUGGCCCUGAUGUACGCGGGUCCCGGUGGUCCGGGCGGAUCGCCCAGCGGUACGAUGCUGCUCACGAACGGACAGGCCAUACCGGCGGGAAACGUUAGUCGACAAACGCUUAAUGCAACGCCUCAAAAUCUUCACCAACCACCCCUACCUCACGUGCCGAUCGGGCUAGCGAACGGGUACAAUCUAACGGGCGCGGGAGACCGUAGCAGUCCCGCCCUGCCCGCCCUACUGUCCGGCAGCGACGGUAGCCCAGUCGGGAUGGUCGGUAAACCGGGAGCGGUGCAUAGCUUCGAUCUAAUUAGCGGCGUGGAAGGGGCGGCGGGUGCUGUACUGCCACCGUACCAUCCCGGUGGCGGUGCAGCUGGUGGCAAUGGUGCACGUCCGACGCGUUUCCGCAUGUACGGUACCAAGAAUGGUAUGGUGCGUCACGAAACCAAGCUGUAGAAGCGAUGCUUGGAAAUGAACGCAUCCCCCCGUAGGAGGUAGCUAAUUUAUUAACCUUUCUGUGCAAAUUACUGUACAAGUUAGAAUUCCGAGAGACCGAGUUCGGAUUUACAGUGUGUUGUAAAAAGCCUACCCUAGGAAAGCCAUCGGUUCUCUAUUGUUUUUUUUCCUCAAUUUUAAAAUACCCUUUUUACGUUAGAUGGUUUUAACAGUUUGAGGAAGAAAUGAAGAAAACGUGCUGUUACGUGCUGGCUAAAAUAACGUUGUGAUAUAAUUUAACCACGCCAUUACAUCGUAACACGCGCAUCGUGGACACACUGUAGGGAAGUGUUUAAAAAAUAAUAAUAUUCGCAUACACAACUACACACAGACUGCCAAACGUGUUUGUAACGACACGAUAUCGUUUUAUUUUAAUGCAACGAGCGGGCGUAAAGGAACGGGCGUCAGGUGAACGAUUCACACCAGAGCCGUUCAAGGAAGGCUCGGGUGGUAUUUUAGAACUCGGUUGAAAAUGAGAUUGUAAUUUAUGCGCCAAUUUAGGGAAUUGUGUUUUAAUGUUGUCAAUAAUAAAUAAACGGAACUAUUUUAUUUUAUUACAAUGGAA